AUGGGCGACUUGGAAGGUGCUAUGAAUGCUUAUGAACAGGCCCUGCGUCACAACCAGUGGUCUAUCGCGGCUAUGAACGCCAUCUCCUGUAUUCUUCGCACAAAGGAACAAUUCCCCAAAGCGAUUGAGUACUUGCAAAAUAUUUUGAAGCUCGACCCGAGCAGCGGAGAGACUUGGGGUAGCUUGGGCCACUGUCAUCUGAUGAUGGAUAAUUUGCAAGAAGCAUAUACCUCUUACCAGCAAGCUCUGUACCACUUGCGCGAUCCCAAGGAACCCAAGCUUUGGUAUGGAAUUGGUAUCUUGUACGAUCGUUAUGGCUCUUUGGAUCACGCCGAGGAAGCUUUCUCACAAGUGAUGCGCAUGGCCCCCGAAUUUGAGAAGGCCAACGAGAUCUAUUUCCGUUUGGGAAUCAUAUACAAGCAACAGCAGAAGUUCAGCCAGAGCUUGGAGUGCUUUAAAUACAUCGUCAGCGAUCCCCCACGUCCUCUCACUGAAGAAGACAUUUGGUUCCAGAUUGGCCAUGUUCACGAGCAACAGAAGGAUUAUGACUCCGCGCAAUCCGCUUAUCAGCGUGUGCUCGAGAGGGAUCCCAACCACGCCAAGGUUCUGCAGCAGCUUGGCUGGCUCUACCACCAGCAAAGCCCCGGUUUCCAAAGCCAAGAGAAGGCCAUUCAGUUCUUGGAGAAGUCUGUCAAUGCUGAUAACACCGAUGCCCAAAGCUGGUACCUCCUCGGUCGCUGUUACAUGUCAUUGGCGAAAUACCCCAAGGCGUACGAAGCUUACCAGCAAGCUGUCUACCGCGACGGUCGCAACCCCACCUUCUGGUGCUCGAUCGGUGUCCUCUACUACCAGAUCAACCAGUACCGCGACGCUCUCGAUGCCUACUCUCGUGCUAUUCGCCUGAACCCCUAUAUCUCCGAAGUCUGGUAUGACCUGGGUACUCUAUAUGAAUCCUGCAACAACCAGAUCGCCGAUGCUCUGGAUGCGUACGGACGUGCCGCCGACCUCGAUCCCAGCAACGUUCACAUCAAGACUCGCUUGCAGCUCCUCCAAACUCAACUCUCCGCCGGCACUGCUGGCCAGCAGCCACCCAAUGCCCCUGCUCCCCAACCACAGGAUGUUCAUCCCCAAGCUUACCAGGCACCCGGGGUUGGUCAGCCUCCCGCGCCACAAUGGGGCGCCCCUGCCCCCAUCGGACCUGCUGCACAAGCCCCCGCUCCCCCCAGAUCGAUUCCUGACUGGAACCGUGGUAUCAACGAGCUUCAGUCUCAGCCACAGGGUCCCCCCUCGAAUGGUCUCGAGCAGCGCGAUGCGCGUCUCCCCGGUGUUCCAGGGCAGAGUCCCCGCCAGGAGCCCGGCCGGGCAUUCCCUGACCCCCGUGCCGCAGGCCGCUCGCCCAAGAUGGGUGAACCCAGCCCCUACCCACCCCCUCACACCCUUCCCCAGAUCGGAAAUGCGCCUGCCCCGGGCCACGAACGCGCGCCUAGCGGCGGCAACGCAUUCGGGGUCCCACGAGGCGGUCUUCCCCCUGGCCCUGCCGGCCCUCCUGGUGCUAACGGCGGUGGUGCUCCCCCUCCUUACCAGGGCCGUCCCUUCAGCCCUGCUCCUGAAAUCCGUCCCAUUCGCGAUGAGCGCCCUUCUUCUCCGGGAUCCGGAUACCCCCACCAACAAUUCCACCCUGGCCCCGCCCUUACUCCCCAAGUCACAGGUGGUAACUCGAUCGCCUCUGGUGCUCCGGCGCCUUCUUCUGCGGCUACCGCAGCUGAUGCCGCUGCUCGCGACCGUGAGGAUCGCCCCACUUCCGCCAUGAAGCGUGGUCGUGAAUGGGAGGCCGAUGCCGGUCCCAUCAAGAAGCUCGCAAACGACGAGAGUCGUGCCCGCCUCGAUGACCAGAGCACCCGUCGCCCCAGUCCUCCCGCCCGUCUGCCUUCUCCCGGUGAGAUGCAACGGCGCAGCUCUUCGGAAGCUCGUCGCGAGGACGCCCGUCGUGCCAACGAGAACUACCACCCUUCAGAGGCCGCUCAUCACCCUCCUACCCUUCCUUCGAUCCAAGACAUGCCUCCCCACGGCUCUAGCGGGCCUAGCCUUCCCCCCAUGACCGAAAGCUCGGCCCCCGCCUCCAACGGUCCUGCCUCAGGGCCCACCUCUGCCAACACUCCCAUCAAGGAGGAAGCACCUCGCCCCGAGGCUCCUCCCGCGCACGAGCCCCCCGCGCGGAAGAUGGAUGUCGAUGAGGAUUACGACGACGAAGUCGAAGAGGAAAAGAAGGCCGCUGCUGCUUCCAAGGGUAGUCCAAAUGGUAGCACCGCCGGCAACCCGGCCAACGGCACCAGCGUGCACCCUGGUACCCCUUCCAAGACAGAGACUUCGGCCUAA